GUGCGGAGUAAGUCGGUGUCGGCGACCAAGUACACGUACCUGCCGAUCGCGUGGGGCGACUUGGAGCCGUGGGCGCAGGAGAUCUUGGAGUCGCUGAUUCCUUUGCUGAAGCGCAAGUCGAUCAUCUUCCUGGGCGAACGCUGGCGCGUCCGCUGCCUGGGCGACGGGGACAUGUCGGACCUGUCCGUGAAGGUGUUCAAAAGCUUCCUGGGCGCCAGCUGCAUGGAGUCGCUCGCCCGCGAGAGGUGGUGCGCCAGUAAGUUCGUGCAGUGCCAACCCAGGAUGAUGGCCGCUGACGAGUUCGACGCCAGCCUUGGCCCAGCUGUCACGCUCGACGGCAAGCAGGUCAGGGCUGGGGCUGUCCUCGGAGGCGCAGCGGGCCGCAUUGCGAACGAGACCUUCAUGAAAAUGGUUGGGUCCGCUCCCCCCCCGUGUUCUGAGGCGGACCUCGAGGCCAUCGUUAAGCGGGUCAACGUGUUUGUCAACGCCAAGCACUACGUCCGCGUCCGGAUCCUCGCCGACCCAGAGGUCCAUCGCGUGCAGUUGAAACGCGACCAGGGGGAAUCUUUCUUCGCAAUGACUAGCGAGCUCGCCGACCAGCCGAAGCGGAACCCCAUUGACGUGAGCCCCGCGGACGAGCUUGCUUCCGAGAAGUUCAGGGCGGGCGACGGCGCGUCCUCGUCGAGCGCGGUCAUCCUCAUCGAGAACGGCGUUUUCCUGGAGCGGUCGGCGGCUCUUGUCGCGGGCAAGGAGUGCGUCGAGGACGAUCGCGCGGUGUGCGCGGUUUCCAUUGACGACGAGUACGAGUCUUUCAUGGGGGGCGCGAGCGCCGACGCCGCGAGGGCGG